UUCUGCUUUUUCACGAAACCAGCCACGGAUUUAAUUGUGCUACAAUAAAAUUUACCAAGAGUGCACAAAUACGCCUGAGAUUUUUCAACAAAUUGCUUGUUUCAACGCUAAACAGUGUGGCGCACUGCUCAGCACAGGAAAUACAAUGCGUGUAUAACAAUUCCAUUGAAUAAAACGCAACUAAAACCCUGCUAAGUGCGUAGCAAAUUACAUUUCGACUACACUCGUCGCGAGAAAGGCAGCAGCCGCAGCGAGCAAGCAGAAGACAAUGUAGCUGUGUAGUUUUCGUGCAAUUAACAAGUAUUUUCGUUAGGCAUUCUUGCACCUUUUCAACUUAAAAACGACUAAGGAUAAGACAAAAGGUUAUAUUGUUUGGACGAGCACAGGUCAUUGCAAUUGAUAUUUGUACUUGUGUGUGUGCGUGAGAGAGAACGGACCAAUCAACAACAAUGGUUUCAACGCGCCAAAUGUGUGGCAGUGCAGGUGCGGCAGGAUCUAACGAUGCUGUUGCUGCUGCUUCCUCUUCAAGCGCCGGCGGCAGCUCUAACGCAAUUGCUGCCCCAUCGCAAUCCCAGGAGGAAUUAGCCAUGCCCACGCGCACUUCCGUAGUACGGCGUACUACGCAUUACAAUCAACAACAACAGCAGUCUUUACUCUCAAAUACGCCCGUUAGCCUGGCCUUCUCAGCUAGCGUGGUAACACGCCAUCAUUUGUAUAAUAGAGAACAAGCCAAUUGCAAUCAAGCUGCUCCUGCUGAAUCUACUUUUAGGCUCAUGGACUUGCCGCCAGAAAUUAUCAUCAAAAUAUUUUCAAAUUUGGAGUAUAAGAAAAUAAGCAACAUGAGAUUGGUCUCCCAUCGCGUAAACGAUAUUUGUAUGAACAUUUUGAACUCGUCCUUCUCCCGUCUGAUCAAUACUACAUAUAAUCGCUUUCAUGCCAUCAAAGCGAAUAUGCCACGCCGCGAGUCGGCGCGUCGCAAUCAUCCGCUGGCCUGUGAGUGCGACAUAAUUGAGACAUGCUACAUGCGCCUCUCGCUACUGCAAAUGUCCAUGGGCAAACAUAUCGAGCGCGGCCAUUGUUGCUUCUUUCCCGGCGCCAUACUUGACGAAGUACACUCAAUUCUAAAUUAUAUUAGUAUUACACCACGGCUGCAACGUCCCUAUCGGGUCACCGAUGAGCUAUUUGAUCUUUCUACCAUGGCCAUGGAGUACUUCAAGGAUCGCAUCGAACCAACGCUCCCGGGGCUGGCGUAUUUCAAUAAAGGGUUCUAUCAAUUACCCACAACAAAAAUUCGACCAACACUUGCCAUAAGUUCAGAUCUCGCGGAUAGCGCUAAAAAUUCACCACCUCAGAAUCACAUGGUCCUGCGCAAGGGUAUACGCAAAAUCAAACAGGGCAUGAAGAUCUACAAUAAUCAGCUGUCAGUGCUCCGCACCGAGCUGCGAACUUGCAAACGCAAGGCAGCCGAACAAAGCAAGCAAUUAGCCGAGCAACAGAAUCUCCUCGCUGAGCAGCAGAAACAAACGCUCGAGUAUGCCAAUCGUCUGGACGAGAACGACAAAAAGAAUGAGGAAAUCGCUCGCAAGUUUUCUACAUUAUUACAGGAGCUCAACAAGUGCAAGACAGAGCUCCAAUAUUGGCGAUCCAAGAGUCCCGCCAUACCGUCGGUUUGCACUUCCUGCAAUCAGAAGGUGGCGCCUGUGCUGCCCCCAGAGGAUUUUCAGGCGCUCAUUAACCAGGGCAUCGAUCCGGAGCACAUAAUCAUAAAUGAUGACACUGAUGCCGAAAGCGAUGUAAGCGCCAGCGAGCUGCCAUUAGCGCUUGAAAAGGAAUUUGUGUUUCCGGACGAAUCUACCACGGCCAAGCUGCUGGCGGUUAACACGGCCACCAAGAACCUGAAGCGCAAAAUUCAAACGGAUACUGAAACUGUUGCAACGUCCAAUGCAAUGACGCCAUCCACUUCGAAAGCUGCAGCGGCCGCCGCCGCUUCCGCAUCCACCUCGACCGCUGUAAAUGUAACGCAACCAACGGACAGCGGUUACUCAACAAAACUAUUUUACGGCAAUCAUCAGCGCGGCGGCGUUAUUGUCAGUCCAGUUUCUAUGCUAAAGGCGACGAAUAAUGUGUUGCCAACGCAAGCACUGGGUUAUGGUGUCGAAUCGGUGGCAUGUAAUGAGCAAAUAGGUGGCGGUGGCGGCCAAAAUGCCGAGCACGACGAUUCGAAGAAAGCACGUAGAGUACAAAAGGCCAACAGAUGUGUAAAUACGCAUGGCAAACGCAGUAAAUAAGGAUUAUACAUAUACAAUUUACAUAUUUUGUAAUACUUAUUUACACGAGGCAAACACACACGUCCAAAUAUAGACGUGUGUUCGAGCUUUGAUUUUAAUUGUAGUGUUAAAAAUGAGAAAUCAAAUUAAAUAUAUCUUAUGUGCAUUAGGCAUUAUAAA